AUGUCCGACACAAUCACCAUCACUGUGGACAUCCCUCAACUUGGACCUAUAGAGGUAGAAUUACCAACGGGAAGUACAGCUCAAGAUGCAAUUGAUUUAACCUUUCUGGAAUUCGAAGAGCGAUACGGAGAGGAAAGGCUUGUCGAGGCCUUACAUGACGAAGAGGAGAACGAUUUGUCAUGGGAAGGUGAACAUACAGGUGAUGAAUGGAGAUUGAAGGAGAGGAGGGAAAGGGAGACUGGUAAAUGGUGGGAUAAAGAAGAGAUCUUGAAUUAUCGAGAUGGUUUACUGGAGCCCGAAGAUGUACUUACACACUCUGUAACGUCGUAUACUCUGUCCAAACCUCAUACUCCUAUCCUUGCAAUAUCUCUCACUUUACCCGCUACCACUUCGACAAUUCCUCUCCUCACUUAUGCGCUUGUCCACCAAACCACAUCUUUCCUCGAUAUCCUAUCAACCUUAGAACAUGAGCUCGGCCUACCAAAGACCAGUGAUGAUCUGCUGGGACCUUUAUCUACUCGACAGACGACCAACCGUUCAAGAUCAAGCUCGCUAGUCGACCAUACAGAGACCCGAAAAGCCACUGGAGAGAACGUACGAUGGAAAUUAGCUGUGGGAGAGCGGACUCUGGAUCCCAAGGAUUACGUGUUGAGCUUAAUCCGGGGCCGAGGGAUAGAUCAGAUCCAAAUGAGCCUGGACGAAGAUUGGCUGUUUGAGAAGCGAAAGGAUAUAGAUGAAAAGCGACAGAAUGCUUCAACAGAGGUUGAGUUUGAAUCACCGAAAUCAACCUUGAAAGCAUCGACUUCUCAGCCUCAGGGACUCGAUGCAUCAACCUUAUCUAAGAAACCCCGACAUGCGCAAAGUAAUAGCUUGUCCGAGCUAUUCUCGACUUCUACCCCUCAGCCGUCUUCUUCAACGACUUCUGAUAUCGACGGACUACCCAACGGCAGCUCCCGAGACCACCGCAAAGGGGACAAUGUAGAGCUUUAUCCAGUAAAGAGCAGAGAUGGGAAAUUUAUGCAUAUAUCUCGACCUUUAGCUGUAAUUGAGGGAACUCCAGCGCUACCUGAAGAUAAGAGAAGCAGUCUCAAUCCGCCUUUGAAUGGUGAUGGCGAAGUCGAGGUGGAAAAAGAGAUGAACGCUGACAGCUGGGAGCACUUGUUGGACGAUCUGAAUCUGCAUGGAGACAAGCCAGAAGCCAUGUCAUCGCUCUCACCAUCUCGCAAAGCGUACCUCCUUGCUCGACAUCGUCAAGGUACACCUGCUAUACCUUCCUCUCCUCCACCCGUUCAAGCCAUCUCCCCACCUAGAGCAACAACCUUCAUAUCUCUUUCAACUGGUACAAGUGCCGGAAUCUCUCGUCUUUUACCGCAACUCACUGGUUCGUCGUCAGGUGGAACGGGCUCUACACCUACUACGCCUAACAGAGGCAAGGAAGGAGGUUGGAAAAGAUUCUCCCUCGUUGAGCUGGGUGUAUGGAACAGUGAAAAUGGCUCACAAAGCGAUGAUCAUCUCAGUACGCCUCUGGCAGCCGGCGAGGAAGAUGUCACUACCCCUAGAGCCGAGCCAAGUGCAGCCGAGAAAGCUCUAGGAGAAGUAAGCGAGAUAAGGCCCAUGGAAAAGCAGGUGACAGGUGGACUGUGGUCGUGGUGGACUGGAGCCAACAAAGCGGAGGAGGGCACUCCUGCCGGGUACGUCGAAACUCUCAAACACUCGAGGGAAAACCCCCAAUUACUACUCAAGCAUCUUCUGUCGCUUCGAGUUACUCUAUCUACCGUCAAAUUAUCCUGGAUCAACGAAUUUAUCUUAAUUGAUGGUCUGACAGCCAUAUCCAGUUUAUUAGAGAAGGUCGCUAGAGAACCUAGACAAAAAGGUGAUAUUGGAGAACAAAUCAUAACGGAAAUAGGGAAAUCAUUGAGGGUUCUGAUGAAUACCGAUGUCGGAUUUAACGCUACUCUGUGCCAUCAAACUCUGCUUAACAACACCGUCCUUUCUCUCAGAACACCCUCUUAUCGAAUUAGAAAUCAGAUACUUGAUCUGCUUACUGCCAUGGUCACACUUUCCCCGGACAACGAGUCAAGAUCUGUUUUGGAUGCACUGUCGGAAUUAAAGCCGUUGAACCAAGACAAGUACCGCUUCUCUUGGUUUGUCGAAAGUAUACAGCCCGUUCAAGACGAGGAAGAGAUUCAAGGCGUGUGGGAAUGGCGUACCGGUGUAGUAGCGCUGUGCAGCGCAUUAUGCAAUGCCAGUGAAGAGGUCGAGGAGCGACUUGAAUUGAGAGGCGAGUUGAGAAGACGUGGAUUUGUGAAGACGCUUCAAGAUCUGGAGAUGUGCGAACCACCUUCAAAUUUCUUGAAACAGUGUACGCAUUAUCUGGAUGACCAAGAGGACGAUCUAAUGGAAUUCAGAGAACUAUUCCUUGGUGAAGUCCAAAAUGCUGAUCUGGCCGUGGCUGUCGGAAGAUUACUGAGUAUAGUCGGCGGAGACCAAGUGAAAGGUCUGGUAGGCGUAAUUGAGGAAGUGGCAGAGAUCGCUAGCACUCCAUCAAUAAGAGAUAUGGUCGGUUCCAUUUUAUCCUGUUUCGCUGGACAUCUUUCUAGACUCGAUGAUCUAUCGGUAGAUUGGUCUGUCUUACUGCGUUCGUUUCUUGUUGAUCUGAACGACAUAUUGCCUUCUCGAGGGGAAGGCUCAAAUGGCAUUACUGAAGGAGCUUUGAUCGAAUCGUUCGUCAGAGAAGUACAUGCUCUACAGUCUCAAGUGAAAAUUGUGGAAGAUCGGAAUCAACUCCUCGAGAAACAGGCAGAAGGGCAAUCCGCGGAAUUGAUGGUGUUGAAAGAGCUAAAUGGGGACAAGUAUGAUGGAGAGGGCGUGGUUCACCAUCUGGUGGUGAAAGAAAAGGAAAUAAAGAGGCUACAAGUUGAAUUCCAAGCUUUGAAAGAGCGGAUCGGUCCUCAAAAAGAUUUCGGAGUCAACACUGAAAUGCGAGAUAGGGAAAGGUUGAGAUUCGAUGCUCUUAUGGAGGAAGUGAGCGAUCUUAGGAGGAAGGUUCAUGUUGGAGAUGAGGCUCUUUUUGAAAAGCAGAAAGAAGUGGACUAUCUUGAACGAGCCAUCGAAACUAUACAAUCUCGCUUUAAGAUUCAGACUCAACACUGGGAUGAAGACGCGAAAGUCAAGGUCAAGUUUGAUGCGGAUUUUAUCGUGGAUCAGGCUGUCAAGAAUUGGACGCAACAGGAAGAAACGAUCGAGAUUCUGAGGAAAGAAGUGGAGCUGCUCAAUAAAUCAAAGCAAAGACUUGAAGAGUUGGAGAUCGUAACCUCAAAUAACAUGAAUAUCAGUCCCCCGGAUCCCAGCAAUGCUCGUUACCCACCACCCCUUCUUCCACUGUUCUUCCUCCCCUCCACCUCCGCCAUUCCGGCCCGACCACCCAUCUCUUCUCCUCCACCACCACCGCCUCCUCCGCCUUUGGCAUCCCUCCACACAUCUCACAACAUGCCUCCUCCCCCUCCACCGUCCUUGCCAACCUCACAGGCUCCUGUUCCUCCUCCUCCUUCGUCCGGUGUUGGUCCCUCAAGAGGGUUCAAGCUACCCGCUAGUGCGAACCCUUUACAACCGAAACUAAAGCCAUUCUUCUGGUCCAAAAUGCCUUCCUAUGCAGUAAAGGACACCAUUUGGACAUCUCUUCCCGGAUCAGAAGAUCUUGAUCUAGAUUUCCAUGACCUUAAUGAGGUCUUCUCAGUCGACAGUGGUGCGAAGAAGAUGGAUAAAGGGAAAGGGAAGGGUAAAGAGGUAGUAACGGUCCUGGACAUCACGCGGUCGAAUAACAUUGGAAUCAUGUUGACGCGAUUACGACUGUCUCCAUCCAAGAUACGAAGAGCUAUCAUAGAAGUGGAUGAUGAUCUGCUGGAUAUGGAUGAUCUUGCGACGUUGAGUCGGAUGCUGCCUACUGCCGAAGAGGUCGAGAAGAUCCGAUCGUUCUCCGGAGAUAUAUCGAAACUCUCCAAACCUGAUCUAUACUUUAAGGAGAUAUCUUCCAUACCGAAUUUGAAGCUCCGACUUGAGACUAUGGUAUUCAGGAGGAAGUUCGAAAUGAUGUUGAAUGAAAUUAUGCCUGACUUGAUGAUACUCAAAAAUGUAGUCAAGGAGCUGAGAGGAAGUGACAGGCUGAGAGAGGUUCUCAAGAUCGUAUUGGUUUUGGGUAAUAGAUUGAAUGGUGAAACGUUCAGAGGUAACGCAGCGGGAUUCCAGCUCGAAGCGUUGUUGAAGAUGAAAGAUACUCGCACGGCCAAAGGUUCAGGUUGCCCAACGAUGUUGCAUUACUUGGCCAAGAUCCUACUGAGAAAGAAUCCCGAUCUGGUAAUAUGGGGCGAGGACGCUCCGGCUUUGGAACCAGCAGCGAGAAUCGUUGUAUCAGAACUUGCCUCAUCAAUCAACGAGAUCUCAUCCUCUCUUGAGGCAGCACAAUCGUUCCUUCCUUUGCUUUUUGCUCAAGACAAUCUUCAUGAUAUCCUCAACUCAUUCUUAUCGGAGACAAGUCCAAAGGUGGUUCAACUCAAACUCACAUACGAAGAAAUACGAACAGAUAUCAUUGGCUUGUUAAGGUACUUUGGUGAAAAAUCAGAAUCUGAAAACGAUGUUGAGCGUCUGUUAGGUUUGUUAUCUAGCUUCUCAAGAAGUUUGGAAAUCGCUUCUAACGAAGUGAGCAUAACGAUGUUGAAAGAGCAAAAUACUGGUACGAGCGUAUCUACCACCAUCUCACAUACUUCUACUUCGGUAUCGACGUCCUCUACUAUACAAGGAUUCCCUGAUUCAUCUCCACCUCCUAAGAUGAGAAAGCCUUCGAUAGAAACCAUAUUGAAACGUCACGAGAGAUUGGGAAGUACGAUCAAACGUGGACAGGUUGACGAAGCUAUCAGGACUUUACAUUCUGGUAAGACUCUAAGGAAGGAACGGAGACAAGGAAAUAUGUCGACUUGGGGUACUUUGGACGUACGAACGGGGACGCUAGGAAGGAAGAAAAGUCAAGGAUCGGAUGAUAGAGUGAGAUUGAGUAAGAUGUUCCUGGAUGGUGGGGUGGGUGGCAGUGUCAAGGGAACUAUCGGGAGUAGAUCGAUUAGAGGAUGUUCAGAAGGUCUAUGA